AUGGCUCCAGGAGCGCAGCAGGAGCAAUUGCUGCACCAGAAGUUCUCGUCAGGAGCAAGCGCAGCGCGGAGGAUGCCGGACUCCUUUGAGUUGCUUGUAAGUGCUGCCGUCAGUGGCCUUGUAACUAAGACAGCUUGCGCCCCAAUGGAUCGCCUGAGGCUUCUUUACCAAGUCCAGGGCAUGCUGCGGCACAGCCAGGAACACCAGCGAAGAGCCCCGUCUCCAACAGCAAAAGAGGGGGCCUCUGUAUUCCAGGCUUCUAGGGCCAGAGACAUAAAUAAAUACGGAGGCAUCGUUGAUGCUCUCAGAGUUGUAGUUAAAGAGGAAGGCAUAAGGGGCCUCUGGAAGGGAAACGGAGUAAAUGCAAUGCGAGCUGCUGCUUGUUACGCCAUCAAAUUUCCGGCGAACGAUCUAGCUAAGCGAGCCCUCGGAGACAGAAGCAACAAGCACGGAAGCAGCAGCGCAGUCAGCCGCAGCAGCGACGGCAGCAGCCUGAUCUCUCUGCUUCUAGCUGGGGCUAUUGCUGGGUCACUGCAGAAGACCCUGUCAUACCCUUUGGAUCUCCUGUCCGUUAGAAUAGCUGUUGGCGUGAAUGCCUCAGCCUUGGGCCGCGCAGGGUCUUCACACGCUGCAGCGUCUUGCGGCAGCAGCAGCAUUAGUAAAACUGGCUGUGGCAAUGAGGGUUAUAGGGGGGUGCUGGAUUGUGCAAAACGGGUGUGGCUACUGGAGGGUCCUAGAGGUUUUUUUAAAGGCUACUCAGUCACCCUUUGGUCUGGCGUGCCAUACGUCAUGCUACAGAUGACAUUUUUUGAUUUGUCAAGGAGGUAA